UUGAGGUUAUUCAAGGCCUCUUAACUUCUACGGGCUAAAAGAAGUGUUGUUGGAUUUACUUUUAUAAGAAGUGAAGGCUUAAAACUGAGUCAAAGAGUUCAUCAUGAGUUAUUCAAAGUUUGAUUUGACUUUCAAGAUAGGUCAAUAUUUAGACCGUCACCUUGUGUUUCCCUUACUGGAAUUCCUGGCUGCUAAAGAGACUUAUGAUCAAUCAGAGCUGCUGCAAGCUAAAUUGGAGAUCCUGAGCAAAACUAAUAUGAUUGAUUAUGUUAUAGACAUCAGGAGAAUGCUUUAUCCAGAUGAGGAAACACCAGAGGAGAUAAAGUCCCGCAGAGGUGUAGUACUGUCACAACUUCAAGAGUUGCAAGAUGCAGUGGAGCCAGUUCUGAGAUUGAUGCAGAGAGAUGAUGUCAUGAAGACAGUGGAAACCAUGCGGGACCCCAAAACUCUUAUAAACUAUCUAACUACCAAUAAGGAGUUUGAGUUCAAAAUUCAGAUGAUUGACAGCAUGUACCAGCUUGCCAAGUACCGCUAUGAGUGUGGUAACUAUGUGGAGUCCGCUUCUUACUUGUACUUCUGCCAGCUAGUCAUGUCGCCAACUGAUAAAAACUACCUGUCAGUUUUAUGGGGUAAGCUGGCCAGCGAGAUCCUCGUGCAGAACUGGGACGGCGCGCUCGACGACCUCACGAAGCUGCGCGAGUUCAUCGACAAUGGUGCGGCCGGCGCCGCCGCCACCAACAUGCAGGCGCUGCAGCAGCGGACCUGGCUGGUCCACUGGUCGCUGUUCGUUUUCUUCAACCACGUCAAGGGCCGUGAUCUCAUCAUAGAGAUGUUCCUGUACAAGCCACUGUAUUUGAACGCUAUCCAGACGAUGUGCCCGCACAUCCUCCGGUACCUGGCCACGGCCGUCAUCAUCAACAGGUCGCGGAGGAACGCCCUCAAAGAUCUUGUAAAAGUAAUCCAACAGGAAGCAUACACGUACAGGGACCCCAUCACAGAGUUCAUUGAGCAUCUGUACGUGAACUUUGACUUCGAGGCAGCGCGCCGGAAAUUAAAUCAAUGCCAAGCCGUACUGUUGACCGACUUCUUCCUCAUCGCCUGCCUCGAGGAGUUUGUGGAGAACGCGCGUCUCAUGAUCUUCGAGACCUUCUGUCGCAUCCAUCAAGUCAUCAGCAUUGGAAUGUUGGCUGAGAACCUGAACAUGCAGCCGGACGAGGCCGAGUGCUGGAUCGUGAACCUGAUCCGCAACGCGCGGCUGGACGCCAAGAUCGACUCGAAGCUGGGCCACGUGGUGAUGGGCGCGCAGCCGCUGUCCCCCUACCAGCAGCUCGUCGAGCGCGUCGACUCGCUCGCCGUGCGCUCCGAGGCGCUCACCUCGCUCGUCGAACGCAAACAUAAGGCCCGCAACCAAGAUAUCCGUUGGGGAGCACAGGAAUUCUAAGUCAAGAAGACGGUUUAGUCACUCUAUGGAUAUUAUUGGUCACAGGACAAAAGUUUACUACGACUCAUGUUGUGGAUGAUGCGAUUUGUAUUAAAUAUACAUAUUAAUAACUAUAA